GACUUGCUGUGCUUAUUGUCUGUGUUGCAGCUAGGGUUACUAAUAUUCUGUAUUGCUGUUUAACCAAAUGCAAAGUUUGAAGGACAGAAGAGCUAUGAUUGUCUCCCAUGUGAAUAUGGAGGAGGAAGAAGACUUAAACCAUGAACAUUUAUGUGAAAGUGGCCCAAAUAGCCAAAGUGAGAUCCUUCACCUUCCAGAAGUGUGUUCCUUGUUGAAUAAUUCUCACAUUGAUGUUAAUAGUAGCUUACAAAAAGAAUUCUUUUCUCUUAAGAUCAGGAAUUGCUCUUUAUUUAAGGCUGUACCUUUGCCUCAUAUUGGCAAGAAAAUGCCUCCUCAUUUGAGUGAACCAACAAGGUUAAAUUUAAGUGCAGCUGUCUCGUCAAAGGAUUCAUCUCAUCUGCUCUUUUCACCUGAGAGAGGACGACUUGAUAAGGUUUUUAACCACUUUGAUAGUACUUCUGUGACAGAUUGGCUGGAGAAAGCAUAUAGUUCCAUUAGUGACUUGGGUGUCUGGUGUUGCACUGGAGAUAACUUUGUACAUUUUGCACAUUUCUGGCUGUCAGAGCUACAGUACAAUCAAAAAAGGCAAUUGUUGGAAUUAGAAAUGGGUAUUAUUGAGGAUGAAUUGCAACUUGCAUUUCUUGAGGAGUUGGAUUCUGAACUGCAACCUUCUGAUCUGCAUUCCAUCCUUGCUGCCACAUUGAGUGAAUAUCCUAUGGGACUACUGAGCAACCAGAAACUGGGUAUUUUCCUUGACUAUUUAAACGUCAUGUCUUCAGAGCAAACAACUGGAUAUAAAAAAAUGCUUUCAAAUGUAAAAUAUACAACAAAUAAUCCUCAAGUAACACAGUGGCUACUAGCUGUACGAGCUUUUGUGCUAGCAAAUCUCUGGCAUGCAGUAGUGAAGUUUUAUAAGGCAUUGGUCAGUACCAAGGUCCUUCCUGAACUACAUAUCAAGAGUUCUGUUUCUGCUACUACAAAGCAAACAAACGAAGUGGUUACAGAAAGAGCUCUACAGAGUGUCCAGCUGGGAUAUGCUGAUGUCUUGCAUUAUCUUAUUAUAAACCAGCAGCUUGACCUUGAUGCAGUAGAUGAAAAAAAUCGAAAUCUCAUAUUUUUAGCCACUAUAUAUGACCAACCAAAGAUACUGGACUAUUUUCUUGAUAUGGGACUUCCCAUACCUGAUGUAAACCAAGCAGCAGAAAAUGGAAACACACCACUCCAUGCUGCAGUGAGUACUGGAAAAAUGCACCUUGUAUCUUUGCUGCUGCAUUAUCCUGGAAUUAAUGUGAAUUUCCCAAAUUCCCAGUGUGAUGGAGCUACUGCACUACAUCUUGCUAUUGUCUAUGGGUACUUGGGAAUUUGCUAUUUAUUGCUGAAUGCUGAAGCUGAUAUGAAAAGCCUCCUGGGAGAUCUAACGCCUGUGCAACUUGCUGAGAAUUUUGCAGGCAGACAUACACCUGUUGGAGGCCUUUUCUCUCCCUUUCCUCACCAGUCACUGAGCAAGGGGGCUAUGUUUGACUGAAGGGCGGAACCAAGAGGAGUGAACUCAGCGGAGGGAUCAGCCAAGGAAAGGAUGAGGAGUCUCAGCUCACCCAAGUGAAGCUAAGCAGAGGUGGUAGCAGCAGCAAUCUGUAGUAGGAGGGCCAAUCCGAAGCUGCCUUCUGCUAUCCCACAUAGAAUCAAGACAUCAGGAAGAAGUAGCAAAGCCUAGUGAGGAAAGCGUGGUGGAAGAGAGUGAGCAAGUUGAGGGGACAGCGGCCAGAGGGAAAAAGACAGAGCCUCUGCUGAACCAGUGGCACAGGAUCAGCUCCACCAGGAUCAGCUCCACCACUUAGACAAGGACUAAGAGUGAGAAAAGCCUGGAAGAAAGGAAAAAAAGCCCUUUUCGUGUUUCCCUGUGUGAGGCUUUGCAGCCUCAGAAGAGUAACAGAUUGGGGAGGAAAAAGAUAGAUGGGAGGAAGAAUGUUUAGGGCAGGGUGACAUGAGGUGGAGACAGACUUGUAGUACUCAUGAGAAAGAAGAGCUGUUGCUGAAAUUUUUACAGGUUCUAGCAGUCAGCCAUGAAUUCCUUCCCCCAAGAAACAAUCACUAAGUAUGCAGUGUUUGUUAGUCCCAGGAUAUUAGAGAGACAAGGUGGGUGAGGUAAUAUCUUUAACUGGAAAAACUUCUGUUGGUGAGAGAGACAAGUGCUUGAGCUUACACAGAGGUCUUCUUCAGAUCACCUUGUCUCUCUAAUCAUUGAGGAUGUAAUUAACAAAGUUUGCUACAUGAUGAUCUGUAUGAAACCCUGAUUGUAUUGCUUUCCUAGGCAUAUGGUUUUCUCACUGUUACAUUAUAAUAGAGACAGCACUUUCUCUCAUGUUUAAAUUGAAAUAAUCUAUUUCUUGUAUAUCAUAUGCUUGAGAUCAUAGAACUCCCAUUCUAACUCCCAUUCUUAGUUACAAUGUCACCAUAAAGUGAAAACAGGCAUUCGCAUGGGACUUUUGUAGCCAGCAUUGCAAGGUAUUUAUGUGCCAGAUAUGCUAAACAUUCAUAUGCCCAUUCAUGCUUCGGCCACCAUUCUAGAGGACAUGCUUCCAU